GCGGUCGUUGCCUCGCACCCCGCGGCCAGCGAAGACGCCGUCGAGUCUACGGACGAGCUCGCGCACAGGUCCAGCUCCAGAGGCGGCCUCGACCUCUGCAUCCAACGCAUCACCAAGGCCGCCCAGCCUGUCCGACGGGAGCUCCGCGCCAGACCCAGCAAGACAGAGUGCAUCAGCAACGGGAUCGCGGAUGUCUGGCCGACCCGCGGCAUCGCGUUUGCCCCGCAGCACGCAUCCGUGGGCAUCCUGGUAGAGGCCGACGCCGGCAUGAUCGGCCUCCUCGGGCAGGUCGAAGCCCGGGCGCAGAGGGGGCUGG